AUGGGUAACCUCCUGGACUACUCUGCCGUCUCCUCCGCUCUCCCGUCUCCUUCCGUCACCUGGUCACAGCACACGUUGCCCGUCACUUCAGUGGUGGUCGGGGCAGGAGGAUGCGAAGCUCGCGUGUGCUCCUCCUCUCUCGAUAAGACUGUCAGGAUUUUCCAUAUCCCCACUGGUUCUUCCUUAGCCGCCAUCUCUUUGCCCUGUCCUAUCAACACCAUCGCCCUCCACCCCUGCGACUCGUUUCUCUACUGCGGCGGUGUGGAUAGGAGUCAGGGGAGGAAUGGGAGGGCAGAGGACAGGCAGGGACCUGCGUGUUCCCUUGCAAGUCAUCAGCACGAGAGUCUUCCAUUGGAGAUUCCAACGGAGGUGGGAGUGGCUGCCGCCUCCUCCUCCUCGUACUCGGGUAGCAGCUCCGAGUGGAAGGAGCUUGCCAUGUCUAUGCACAAGUUCGUGGUCGGUCGGCUGCUGGAUUCGAGCAGCGAAGAAGUGUAG